AUGAACCGAUUGUCGUGGUACACGCCCGGCGAGAGCACCGAAGAGCUGCUCUGUCAAGCGGGACACGUCGGCAUCUACGAGGGUGAUUUGAAACAGGUUUCGCGCAUUGAUUUUUCCAGGAAUUUGCCGCUCAUUUGCCGAAUUUUCAGACCAAUUUUGAGCAAGGAACGGCGUCGUUGACAUUGCAACGUGUCAUUUGGGCCGAUUCCUCCGACCCGGAUCGUCGGCUCGUCCUCCAUCACUCGCUGGUGGUGUCCAUGGAAAAACAUCACAAGUCGAUGUUCAGCAAAGGCGGAAAGAUUGUUUUGAAGCUGGAAAAGCCGAGAGCCGGCAACGUGGGACCGGUCAGCUCGAGCCAAUACGAUACGAUUCGGUUAGUGUUCCGACACGGAGGAGAGGACGAUGUAAGUGUUCCGACUGGCGGCAAAUUCGAAAAUUUCAUUUCAGUUCUUCAAAAAGUACGAGGACGCGGUGCGAAGGAAAACGUGGCAACGCUCGAGUUCCGGCUCAAGCUCUAGCGGUGUAGGUUUCCUGUUUGGCCUCCCCGCCCGUCAACCCAUCGUCCUCAUUUUCAGUCUCGCGCUAGCACCAAUGUUCGCUCGGUCGGAAUAUCGGGAAUCGAGCGACGACUCGCGGAAAACCAUCAGAAGACGCACGAAACGAUCACACAGGCGUUCGACGAUAUGUCCAAACUGAUGGAAACGGCGCGCGAAAUGGUCAGUCUUUCAAAGAGCAUUUCGGAGAAGGUGCGCGCUCGCAAAGGAGAGAUCAGCGAGGACGAGACGGUCGCAUUCAAGUCGUACCUUCUCUCGCUCGGAGUCUCCGAUCCGGUCACCAAGUCGACGUUCGUCGGCUCCGAUUCAGAGUACUUCCAAAAGUUGGCAAAAGAAAUCACGGACGUACUUCAUCAACAAAUCAAAGAGAACGGAGGAAUGUGCGCGCUUCCCGAGGUGUACUGCCGAAUCAACCGGGCGAGAGGAAUGGAGUUGCUCUCGCCGGAAGACGUGAUGAACGCGUGCGAGGCGUUGAGCAAGGUCGAUUCGCCGCUGGAACUGCAUCGCUUUCCAUCAGGAGUACUCGUCGUUCAGUUGAAAUCCGCGUCUGUGGACAGCACGAUCGCGCAGACAUUGGAGUUGGUCGCGAAGCUCGGAAGAGCGUCCGCGAAUGAGCUUGCCGAAUCCCUAGGAAUCACUGUUAUUCUGGCCAGAGAACGGUAGGGGAAAAGUUGGAGUUUUGAUCAGAUUGUCAAUCUAAUCGAUUUUCAGAUUGCUGGCCGCUGAAGAAUCGGGUCUAAUCUGCCGUGACGACUCCAUCGAAGGACUUCUCUUCUAUCCGAAUCGCUUCAUGGAGUAG